AUGCUUGCAGAAAGAUUAAGGUGUGCAAAUGGGCUGCAGGUGACCUCGACAGGUCCACAGACCAUCCAGAAGGCCGAGGGAGAGACUGCGACUUUGGGCUGCAGAUACAAACUAAGCCCAUUUGAUACCGGAGAACUUGAUAUUGAGUGGUCUCUGGUCAACCCUGAUGCCACACAGAAAGAUCAGCUGAUUUUGUCAUAUACCUGUGGCACUAAAUACGUCCAUGGGAGGCGGGAUCUUUCAGAGGGGUUCGGCUUUGCUGCUGGUGACCCCUCAGAAGGUGACGCUUCGCUCUUCAUCAGCCCGCUGUCACCCGCUCACAGUGCGACGUACGAGUGCAAAGUGAAGAAAUCACCUGGAGUGGACACGCGCAAGCUGUCGCUGGUGGUACUGGUGAAGCCCUCUGUGCCUCAGUGCUGGGUGGAGGGAGAGGAGCUGCUCGGGAAAGACGUUUCUUUGCACUGCAAGUCUGCCACAGGAUCUUUGCCUUUAAAAUACACAUGGAGUCGGUUUCUAGGCACCGGCCCUGCUGUAGCCGCACAGAGCGGUCUGACUGGGGAGCUGCUGAUCAAAAACCACUCGCAGAGCUUUGCAGGGAUCUAUCUUUGUGAAGUGAAUAAUGCUGUUGGAGCUGAACACUGCAGGAUCAACUUAAGAGCCGUCAGACCUCCAAACAGAACAGGAGUGACAGUCGGUACUGUGAUUGGUUCUCUGCUCCUCAUCAUCUGCCUCCUGCUCUUCAUCACAAUUCUCAUCUGGAAGAUUAAAAGAAGACCUCGAUAUGAGAAGGAGUUCUCCAAUGAGAUCAGGGAGGACGUACUGGCUCCUGAGAGUCGCCCAGUCAGUCGUGGAUUGAGGCGAAGCCCCAUCCAGCAGCCGGAGAUGACCUAUGUGCAGGUGAACCGUGACGCAGCACACGAACACACCACCUCCUUGAACACAACGGACUCGUUCAACAGGAAGACCGGAAACGUGGUCUGAGCGCCGGCUGCACAACUGAACGGAGACACGUUAAAGUCCCCUUUUUGGAACUCUGAUGAACUUCCACAGAGCUUAAUCAAGUUCUCCAGCAAAGCUGCAUAGUUUCAAAUGAUUUUCCAACAUUGUUCAUUUUAAUUACUUUGGUCACAUGGUCCCUUUUGUUUUUUUUAAUGUAACCUAAGACAGUGAAGGCAUUUUGCUGAUCUGCCCUCAAAUUUCAUGUUUUCGUUACAGGUUAGACAAAGCCCUUUUCAGCAGCAAUUAUGCAGUUGGUUUCAUAAUUACAUCUGAAAUGUUCCACGUUUACCUUAUCAGACCCAGACCAGAGA